GUUUGCGUGGUGGUGCGGUUCUUACAUGGUAUUUUAGCAGAAAGUGAGUGAGAAAGGCAGGAGGCACCAGAAGUGCGAUCCAUCUAGGGUAGAGAGAUGUGGGUGUUUUACCUGAUCUCUUUGCCCCUAACAAUGGGGAUGGUACUAUUCACGCUCAGAUACUACGCAGCCCCGCACGUCCCUCGCUACGUGCUAUUCACGGUUGGAUAUACCUGGUUCUCUUCCCUCUCCAUCAUCAUCCUCGUCCCCCCUGACAUUUGGACGACAAUAUCUUCCUACCAUGAGAAUGGAGGCAUUUCAUUCUUCUGGAGCUGGUCAUAUUGGAGUACAUUUUUGCUUACAUGGGCUGUCGUGCCCCUUAUUCAGGGUUUUGAAGAUGCUGGGGACUUCACUGUAUCAGAAAGAUUGAAGACUAGUUUACAUGUUAACUUGAUCUUUUAUCUAAUUGUGGGAUCCAUCGGCCUUUUUGGACUUAUUCUUCUCAUUAUGAUGCGUAAGCGCUGGACUGGAGGUCUUUUGGGAUUAGCCAUGGCUUGCUCGAAUACUUUUGGACUGGUUACUGGUGCGUUUCUUCUUGGCUUUGGUUUAAGUGAAAUUCCCAAAAGCAUAUGGAGAAAUGCUGACUGGAUAACCCGCCAGAAAGUACUUUCCCACAAAAUUGCUAAAAUGGCUGUUAGACUUGAUGAUGCUCACCAAGAACUUUCAAAUGCUAUUGUUGUUGCUCAAGCCACAUCCAGCCAGAUGUCCAAGCGUGAUCCUCUGAGACCCUACAUGGAUGUAAUUGAUGAUAUGCUAACUCAAAUGUUUAGGGAAGAUCCAUCCUUCAAACCACAAGGUGGCCAAUUAGGGGGAAGCGAUAUGGAUUAUGAUACUGAUGAUAAGUCAAUGGCAGCACUAAGACGUCAUCUUCGAGGAGCUACUGAAGAGUACUACAGGUAUAAAAGCGAGUAUAUGACUUACGUGCUAGAAGCCCUUGAAUUGGAAGAUAAGAUAAAGAAUUAUGAGCGCCGCAACACAACUGGAUGGAAAUAUAUGUCAAGCAUUAGACCUGCUCGGAGUGGCAAAUUGGGGUCUUUAUGUGACACUUUAGAAUUUAUGUGGCGAUGCAUUUUAAGAAAGCAAGUUGAGAAAGGCUUGGCUGUUAUACUUGGUAUCAUGUCCAUUACAAUUCUUUUAGCAGAGGCAACUCUUCUACCUAGUGUUGACCUAUCUCUUUUCUCGAUUCUUAUCAAAUCUGUUGGAACAAGGGAGGUGCUUGUGCAGGCAUUUGCUUUUGUACCUCUCGUGUACAUGUGCAUCUGCACAUACUACUCCUUGUUCAAAAUUGGAAUGUUGGUGUUUUACUCGUUGACACCCCGGCAGACCAGCUCAGUUAGCUUGCUUAUGAUAUGCUCUAUGAUUGCUCGUUAUGCUCCCCCUAUCUCAUACAACUUUCUGAAUCUAAUUCGCCUUGGUUCUGAUAAAACAACUAUAUUUGAACAGCGAAUGGGGAACAUUGAUAAUGCUGUCCCUUUCUUUGGAGACAAGUUUAACAAAAUCUAUCCACUUAUUAUGGUUAUAUACACCCUUUUGGUUGCAAGCAACUUCUUUGACAGGGUAUUUGAUUUUCUCGGGAGCUGGAAGAGAUAUGUUUUUGAAACUGAAGCCGAAGAUAUGGAUGGUUUUGAUCCAUCAGGAUUAGUUAUCUUGCAGAAAGAACGAUCUUGGCUCGAACAAGGACGGAAUGUAGGCGAGCAAGUUGUUCCACUAGUGAGGAAUUUUAAUGGAAUUGAUGUUGAAUCAAGUGACAAUAUUAUGGUGAAGAAUGGUGUUGAAAUGAAAGGAACUGCUGCAUUAGUUAAUACAGAAACAAAUGGCAAUCUGUCUAAAACAAUGAAGGAAGAGACAAGGAGAUAUAGCUCAAGCAGGGAAGCCAUCAGCAGCAAAUAUGCUGCUUUCAGACAGCAGAGUGGAUUCACAUCUAAAUCGAAGGCAGAAGAGAAAAAUUUAGCAUCUGCUAAGGUUUCUUUUGUCGAUCGCGAUGAUACUCAUUCUAGUAAUGCUACUGGAACUUCAGGCUUGGCUUCGAAAUGGCAAACAAUGAAAACAGGUUUUCAGAGUUUCAAGGCUAACUUUGGGGGCAAAGGGUUUUUACCCGUACGGCAAACACAGGAUGCUAUGAUCUCUCGUGUGUCCUCAUCAGAGUCCCUUGAUGAUAUAUUUCAAAGACUGAAACAACCUGCAUUGGACCAAAAUAUUCGCAAUGACGACUAUUAUUUGAUGGGGGGCAAUAGUUCUGGUCCUUCUAGAUGACAUCCAUAAUUUAGGCGAGAAGUGACAACUGUUCUAUAAUUGAUCAUGCAAAGCCACAUUAAAAUGUACAGUUUAUUGUUUCCUUUGGUAGUUUAUACCCCAUAUUCAUUUUAAAGAUAGUCUUUGAUAUAGGAAUACAUACUCGUUAUACAUCGGUAACACCAUAGAAAGAAUACUUCAAAUUGCACCAUUAUACAGCGUUGCGGAUACUUGUUUUGUUUUGAUUCAUAAUCUCAUUUCAUUUACCCGUUUAGCAUACAA